AUGGCGCAUGCGACGAUACAUUCUCGAACGAAGAUCCCAUCCACCAUGCGUGUGAUUAUCAGAGAAGAUCCUCAGACGGUCUCCGUGUAUAUCGCGGAAUACAUCGUCAGCCGUAUCAAAGCAUUCAAUCCUACCGAAAGCCAGCCCUUUGUCCUCGGUCUACCAACUGGUAGCAGCCCCGAGCUCAUCUACAAGAUUCUGGUCCAGCGUCACCGUGCUGGAGAGAUUUCUUUCAAGAAUGUCGUGACUUUCAACAUGGAUGAAUACGUGGGCCUGCCUCGCGACCACCCCGAGUCCUACCACAGCUUCAUGUACAAGCACUUCUUCUCGCACGUGGAUAUCCUCCCCCAGAACAUCAACAUUCUCGAUGGCAAUGCCUCAGACCCCGCCGCAGAGUGCGCCUCCUUCGAUGCGCGUAUCGCGCGCUACGGUGGUAUCGAACUUUUCCUCGGUGGCGUCGGACCAGAUGGUCACAUCGCUUUCAACGAGCCGGGCUCCUCGUUGAGCAGCCGAACCCGUGUCAAGACCCUAGCCUACGACACCAUCCUAGCUAACUCGCGCUUCUUCAACAACGACGUGAACAAGGUUCCGCGCAUGGCUAUGACUGUCGGUAUCCAGACCAUCAUCGAUGCGCGGGAGGUGGUCAUUGUUGCCACCGGUGCUCACAAGGCGUUCGCGGUACAAAAGGGUCUGGAGGAAGGUGUCAAUCACAUGUGGACUCUGUCCGCGUUGCAGUUGCACCCUCAUCCGCUUAUGGUCUGUGAUCGCGACGCUACGUUGGAGCUGAAGGUGAAGACCGUGCGCUACUUUGAGUCCAUUGAACAGGCGGGAACAGAUGCCCGUACUCAGGGCCCUGCACUGGUUUAUCGUCCUCGCACCUAUGUCCCGGCCCCGGUGCCUAUCAAGAAAACACACAAGGAGCCGGCCCUUGAUACAACACCCCCAAAGGUGCCCAAGGACCUCCGAAUCAAUACUGAGCUUGGUCGGUCUCUAGAAGAUGACGAGCUAACUCCGGACAGCAUGUCUUCGCGCAUGGUUGACUCGGCCAUUGGUGGCCUGGAUGGGACUCUGAAGAAUGACCUGAUUUUCGAUCGCAUGGGAGGCAGAAUGACCGCAAUCUAA